AUGGCGUCGUAUGUCUUCGUGAUUUCUCUUCUUCUUCUCUCUCAUUUGUCAGCUGUUAUCUCCGAUGACGCGUCUUUCCAGAAACUUCCGGUGCCGGGAAAGAGGUCAGGCCCUGAAUCUUUUGCCUUUGAUUCCACCGGCCGAAAAGCUUUCUACACCGGAGUCUCCGGUGGUAAAAUCCUCAAGUAUACUCCUGACAAAGGUUUUGUUGAUUUUGCCCAAAUCACUAAGUCUUCAACUUCUUCAUGGUGCAAAGGAGUAUUUGGAACCGCAAUGGCCAAGAAAUGUGGCAGACCUGCCGGGAUAGCCUUCAACCCAAAGACAAGUGAACUUUACGUCGCUGAUGCUCCAUUGGGUCUUCACGUUAUCCCUCCCGCCGGAGGAUUGGCCACAAAGAUCGCCGACAGUGUUGACGGAAAGCCCUUCAAGUUCCUCGACGGUCUUGACGUUGAUCCCACCACCGGCGUCGUCUACUUUACUUCUUUCAGCUCAAAGUUCAGCCCCAGCGAAGUGUUUAUAGCAGUGGGAGUAAAAGAUGCGAGCGGAAAGCUCUUCAAAUACGACCCAGCGACUAAAGCAGUAACUGUGUUAAUGGAAGGUCUAAGUGGUGCGGCUGGUUGCGCCGUGAGCUCAGAUGGUUCAUUCGUGCUGGUUAGCGAGUUUAUAAAGAGUAACAUCAAGAGAUAUUGGAUUAAAGGACCAAAAGCUGGUUCUAUUGAUGACAUCUUCUCAAGUGUUGUCUCGAACCCUGACAACAUCAGGAGGAUUGGUUCUACUGGAAACUUUUGGGUCGCUUCCGUCAUUAACAAGGUGGUAGUUCCCACGGACCCUUCAGCUGUCAAAAUCGAUUCUGAUGGAAAAGUGCUUCAGACAAUUUUUCUCAAGAAAGAGUUUGGGAAUACUUUGCUCAGUGAAGCCAAUGAGGUCGAUGGUAAACUGUAUAUUGGAACUCUUACUGGACCUUUUGCCGGAGUUAUGAAACUUUAG